AUGUCUAUCUUGUCUACCACUGAGAAUAAAGAAAACUUCAUCCAGAGAAAGACGGCUCGGACAGGUGACAGCAUGGAGGAGAAAUCAACAGCAGUUGCCAGCAAUCAAUUACUGACUGGAGGCAUGUGGAGACAGAAGGAGCACGAGAACCUAAUGACCUCAAACAUGGACCUGUCUGCUCUCCUACACGGCAGAGUGAAGUGCAGGAAGGGGAAGCCUCCCAGUACGAAGCAAACCAGGAAAGAAGCUUUUGAUCGCUACAUGAAUAUAAUAUAUGGCCUGCCUCCAAACACUGAGUUUGAUUUCGAGGACACCUUUGAUCCAGAUACAUUUUCAUUUCAUCCCGGACCAAAUAACAACAAGCCCUGUGAGCCAGACCUACAAGAAGACGUCCACCCUGAAUCUAGAUUGAUCAUUCCUGUGACUGUGGAGAAGGAAAAGGUACAGCAGAAAAAGCCUCCAGCGUCAAGCUUUAAACCAAAGACCCUGAUGAAAUUCAAGCCGCAGCCUGUUGAGAGAGUGGUACCCAAGAAUGAAGAGCCUCCAGAGAUAAAUUCUCCAAUAGAACAACCCAAACCCCAAUCUCCUCCUCCUCCUCCUCCUCCUCCUUCUCCUCCUCGUCCAAGGACCCCUCAUCCCCUAACACCUCGUCUAAGGACCCCAACUCCGCCUCCGCCUCGAGAACCCACUCCUGAGGUGCCGACGUUCCUCAAACAAUUUGCAGAUACUAGCUGGUUUAGAGACUUAUUCGCUGAUGAAAUGAGUAUCCCCAGCACCCUGUCUCCAGAGGACUUCUCCUUGCAACUGCUGGACUCCCUGACCACCUGCAGCUCUCCAUCCAAAGUGAAGAUUGUUGUUGCACUGCAGAGCCUCCACAGCCAGGGCCUCCUACAGAACACAGACAAGCUUUACCAAGGCCUCGUGGACUUACUGCCUGCAUUUGCGAGACCACAUAUGUCGCCUUUGGAACGGACCGUGCUGGAGGAAAUGCUGCAUCUGUUGGUGCGUCUGAAACCGGCCAGUUGGGACCUUGUGAAAAAGCUUCUCACUCUUCUGGCUUUUAAAAAAAUGUUUCUGGGGGAAACAGUGGUGCGUGUACUGACGGCAUUAGGUGUAGACGAGGCAGAGCAGUGGCUGUGGUCUGAGUUGGAGAGCUGGGAGUUGGAGCUGUGGGACCAGUCCGACGUCUGGAAAAGCCUCCAUGACAGAGCAGACUUGUGGCUGCAGUCAUGGACCUCCAGAUUCAAAGAACACAAGAGGUAUCUGCACUUCAAGGGUUCCGCAAAACAGAAGCUGUCAUCCUUCAGCGUGGUGGACGUGCUGAACUAUUUCUGCUCCAUCCAAAAAGAGGAGGAGCGCAGAAAGGCUCAAUAUGUUGCACCUGCUAGUCACAAAAACGCUGUACUUCUACCCUUAUAUGACUGUGUUUCCUCACCAAUCUUUCGUCUUGGAGAGACUCACAGUAUGUCCAGGAUACGCAGGCCACCAGGAGUAACUCUGCCUCCACUGCGAAACCGUCCCUUCCUCACACACUUUCCAAAUUUCAUCUCUUUGCCAUUCUCUCGAGUCACACUGCGCCCCUUUCACGUCUACUCGGACGAGGACUGGGUGAAGGCCUCACCUCACCGCUACUUCAUUCAGCAGCAGUCCUACGUGGAGUACUACAGAUGAUGCUUCACAGUCUGUAA